AUGGCUCCCAAGACUGAAGGACCACCAACCUUGGUCAUAGCGAUCGACUUUGGCACCACAUAUUCGGGCAUCGCUUGGAAAUUUGGUGACAGAGAGCUGGACUCGAUCCAGACCGUCACAGACUGGACGACCUUUAGAAACUACCGUGUCGAUUCCCCAAAGGCCCCAUCGGCCAUAUUCUACGGCGACAACAUCAACAAAGAUCCCGCAUGGGGAUACAUGACACGCUUCGGAGAUGGCAUCCUGCGUUGGUUCAAACUCUUGCUUGUCAACGAAAGAGACCUCCCCACAAAUGUGCGAGAUUGCGAACACCUAAAAACUGCACGAGAACUGAUGCAGAAGCUCAACAAGACGCCCGUGCAAGUCUUUAGUGACUAUCUUCGAUAUCUCUGGGAGUACAGUCGCGAGAGAAUCGAGGCCUCUGAGGAGAAGGGAUGGGCGAGUAUCUACCGUAUCCAUUUCGUUGUCACUCUGCCUGCGAUUUGGCCCCAUUAUGUUCGGUCGCGUAUGCUCGAGGCCAUGAAGAUCGCUGGCCUUUUUGAAGUGGCAAAGGAGGGAAACACGACGUAUGGCUUCAUCUCUGAGCCCGAGGCAGCUGCCUUGACGUGCCUCAGGCAAAAUGCAGGCCGAUGCACUCUUAAAGUCGGUGAUCAGUUCAUUGUCUGUGAUGCAGGCGGCGGCACUGUUGACAUCAUCACCUACAAAAUCGAGAAGCUUACCCCUUUUGUAGUCAGCGAAAGCGUCAAAGGAGAUGGUGGCUUGUGCGGUGGCAUCUUUCUCGACCAAAAGUUUCUCCAGCUGCUCAGACGAACGAUCCCCAAAGACACCACAAGAAGGCUUGCAAGUGAGGCUGGCCACAGAAUCAUAAAGGAUGAUUGGGAGUCCGGUAUCAAGACUGCAAUUUGCAAGUCAAGUAGCCAAUACGACAUAAAUCUUGUCUACAAUGGACCAGUCGAUCCCCAGUUCUUCCCCCCUUCAUUUUCAAUUCAGGCAGACGUUAUCCGCGAACAGGUGUACAAGCCCGUGAUUGAAGAAAUCAAAGAAUUGAUCACGACCCAGAUCAGACAGGUCGAGGAGGGAUAUCAGAAGACUCCCAAGUUGGUGUUCCUAGUUGGAGGCUUUGGGAGGUCCAAGUACUUAUACGAAUGCCUCGAUGAGACAUUUGGAAAAAAAUCACAAAUUAUCCAGAAGAGAGGGACUGAUCCCUGGUCUGCUGUCCUUCACGGUGCCGUUCUUCAUGGGCUAUCGCGCACCGGGUUCGCUGAUUCAAUCACUGCUGUCGUCGACUCUCGGAUCUCGAGACACAACUAUGGCACCGUAUUCAACGACUCCCCAUUUGACAAACAAAAGCAUGACGUUCGGGACCGUGAAUAUUGUCCUUAUGACAAGAGCUGGAUUGCGGUUGAUCAAACGGAGUGGUACAUCGGAAUUGGCGAUGCAGUAUCUACCUAUAAGCCAGCGUCUUUCUCUUGCUACCAGGCCCUCGUAAGCCCUGAACAGGGCCUUCAGAUAGAGAUUGUCAUCUCCGAUUCUGCCGAGCCUCCUGCCAGAAAAGACGAAUCGGUCAAGACGCUAUGCGUCAUCAAAGUGGCCUUAGAUCCCCAGAUAUAUGACAAACUACGAAAAGAAAUCAGCGCAGAUGGAAAUACCUUUCGCCGCAUCGGCUACGACCUUCGCAUGAUCAGUGACGGGUCCUCCCUGGAAUUCGCCGUCUGGCAUAAGGAUCAAUGUCUUGCAUCGAAAUACGUCGACUUUCAAUCUACACAGAUGAAAAAGGAAGAAGUGAAUAAUGGCGGCGAUGCCGAUAGCGAUACUGAGAUGAGGGAGCCACAUGGAACGGCCAGCAGACCACCUUCCGUCAUCGAAAUAGAAGAGGAUACAGAUGAUGAAUACGUGGAUUGUCCAGACCCUGAAGAUGAAAGCAGCAUAGGCGACCGUUCCUCGAUCGUUCGGGGAAGAUAUAACAGCCCGGAUGAUGGUUUUAGCGAAUGA